CGGAAGCAUCUUCGGAUGGUGGGCAGCAGGAGGAUUAAAGCACAGACGUUUGCUGAGCGUAGAUCGAAGAGUUUCAGCCGCUCCUGGAGUGACCCUACCCCUGUCAAGACUGACUCUCCUCAUGAGCCCAGAGACAGUGGCGACCUGCAGGCGUCCUGCGGCACGCUGGACGACGGCGGCGUGGACGACUCGGCCGACUGGGAGGAGGAGCGAGAGACAGAGAGGCUGGCCUGCGAGGGAGACGACUUCGUCCCCCCCAAAAUCAUGCUGAUCUCCUCCAAGGUGCCCAAGGCCGAGUACGUGCCCACCAUCAUCCGCAGGGACGACCCCUCCAUCAUCCCCAUCCUCUACGACCACGAACACGCCACUUUUGACGACAUCCUGGAGGAAAUUGAGAAGAAGCUGGCGGCUUACAGGAGAGGAAGCAAAUUCUGGAGGAUGCUCAUCUUCUGUCAGGGAGGCCCGGGUCAUCUCUACCUCCUGAAGAACAAAGUAGCGACGUUUGCUAAAGUGGAAAAAGAAGAAGACAUGAGCCAAUUCUGGAGACGACUGAGCCGACUGAUGAGCAAAGUGAACCCAGAGCCAAACAUGAUCCACAUCAUGGGAUGCUACGUGCUGGGGAACCCCAAUGGAGAGAAGCUGUUCCACAAACUGAAGAAUCUGAUGAGGCCUUAUUCCGUCGAAUUUCAGUCGCCGCUGGAGCUUUCUGCACAGGGCAAAGAGAUGAUCGAGAUGUACUUCGACUUCCGCCUCUACCGCCUUUGGAAGACACGCCAGCACUCCAAGCUCUUGGACUACGAGGACUUGUUGUGACCGGCGAGGGUGGAGUUGCUCGCGGACGCAACAGUGCCCCCUAGCGACGAUGGAGAUGCUCGUGGACGCAACGAUGGAGAUGUUAAUGGACGCAACAGUGCCCUCUAGUGACGAUGGAGAUGUUAAUGGACGCAACAGUGCCCUCUAGUGAUGAUGGAGAUGUUAAUGAAUGCAACAGUGCCCCCUAGUGACGAUGGAGAUAUUAAUGGACGCAACAGUGCCCCCUAGUGAUGCUUGAGAUGUUAAUGGAGACAACAGUGCCCUUGUGACAAUGGAGAUGCUCAUGGACUCAACAGUGCCCCCUACUGAGGAUGGGGAUGCUCAUCGACGCAACGAUGGAGAUGUUUAUGGAGAUAACAGUGCCCCUUAGUGACGAUGGAGACAACAGUGCCCCCUAGUGAUGAUGGAGAUGUUAUUGGACAUAAUAAUGCCCCCUAGUGACGAUGGAGUUGUUAAUGGACAUAACAGUGCCCCCUAGUGAUGAUGGAGUUUUUAAUGGACAUAAUAAUGCCCCCCAGUGACGAUGGAGACAACAGUGCCCCCUAGUGAUGAUGGAGUUGUUAAUGGACAUAACAGUGCCCCCUAGUGAUGAUGGAGUUUUUAAUGGACAUAAUAAUGCCCCCCAGUGAUGAUGGAGACAACAGUGCCCCCUAGUGAUGAUGGAGAUGUUAAUGGACAUAAUAAUGCCCCCUAGUGAUGAUGGAGACAACAGUGCCCCCUAGUGACGAUGGAGAUGUUAAUGGACAUAACAGUGCCCCCCAGUGCCAAGUGGAAGCCAUGCAGUGACUAUCUCUUUUCCAACUUCCACCCCAAAGAGGUCCCCGCUGGUAAAAGAGUAAAAAGAGAAAGCAGAACAACUCAGGAUUCAAGUCACACUUCUACCAACGUGUUGAUCAGCGCUCCAGAAAAAAAGGAUUUUGGAGAGAAAAAAUGUUUGCUUGCCGCGGGAAAAAAGAGUGGAUGACAAAUGUUCCUGCUGUGAUGUCAUGAGGGAUGUAAUAGCCAGUCAUCAGCGUGUUGUCAUGGUGAUUCUUCACAACUAAAUACAAUCUGGACACACCUA